CAGAUCAAUGGAACAGAUAUGAGCAAUGAACUAGUCCAGCUUCAAUUAAAUCGCUUUUGGACGCAUGCGAUCCAAAAUUUAGAACCUCCAUUGAAACGUCCGUCGAGCAUUUGAGAAAUAAAACAACAUCAAAAAUGCCUCGUAUUAUGAUAAAAGGUGGUGUUUGGAGGAAUACAGAGGAUGAGAUCUUGAAGGCAGCUGUUAUGAAAUAUGGCAAGAACCAAUGGUCACGUAUUGCUUCACUCCUCCAUCGCAAGUCUGCCAAACAGUGCAAAUCCAGAUGGUUUGAAUGGCUGGACCCAAGCAUCAAGAAGACAGAAUGGAGCAGAGAAGAGGAAGAGAAGCUUCUCCACCUUGCCAAGCUGAUGCCAACCCAAUGGAGGACUAUUGCUCCUAUUAUUGGUCGCACUGCCGCACAGUGUCUUGAGCACUAUGAGUUGCUGCUUGAUAAGGCUCAACAGAAAGAGGAAGGAGAUGAUGACCCAAGAAAACUGAAACCUGGUGAGAUUGAUCCAAAUCCUGAGACAAAACCAGCCAGACCAGAUCCAGUUGAUAUGGAUGAAGAUGAACUCGAAAUGUUAUCAGAGGCAAGGGCAAGACUCGCCAAUACACAGGGAAAGAAGGCUAAGAGGAAGGCACGAGAAAAACAGUUAGAAGAAGCGAGAAGGCUGGCUGCCUUACAGAAACGACGGGAACUAAGAGCAGCUGGGAUAGAGAUCAAGAAGCACAGGCGUAAGAAACGAGGCGUAGACUAUAAUGCUGAGGUGCCCUUUGAGAAGAAACCAGCACCUGGUUUCCAUGACACUUCAAAUGAAACAUUCGAUCCUGACGCACCAAAUUUUAAACGAUUACGUCAACAGCAUCUUGAUGGCGAAAGAAGGGAUGCCAAGGAAGAGAGGGAACGUAAGGAAGACAAAAAGAAAAAGAAGAAAAGAACAGAGAAUGAUCUCCCUGGUCAGAUUCUCAGUCAAAAUAAAUUCUCAGAACCGGUUAAAAAGCGAAGUAAGUUGGUUCUCCCAAGCCCUCAGAUCUCCGACCAGGAGUUAGAAGAUGUGGUUAAAGUGGGUCAAGCUACUGAGAUGGCACGUCUUGCUGCCCAAGAGACUGGAGAUGGGGGCGCCACACAUACAUUACUUCAGGACUAUAGUCUGAACCCUGGUACUGGCCCCCUUAGGACUCCUCGAACACCUGCGGUGAAUGGAGACACCAUUCUACAAGAAGCUGAGAAUAUCAUGGCCCUUACUAAUGUUGAUACACCUCUUAAAGGGGGCAUGAAUACUCCACUGUAUGAGAGUGACUUCAGUGGGAUCACACCCAGCCAUAAAGCCAUGGCAACACCCAACACUGUACUAAGUUCACCAUUCCUCACACCAGCACAUGGAAAAGAUGGUGGUCUAACACCCAGGGUUGGCGGUAACAAAGGGGGUCCCAUGCAGACCCCUACCCCACGCCGUGACAAGCUGAAUAUAAACCCAGAGGAUUUAGAAUAUGAAGAUCAACAAUAUGCUUCUUUCCAACAGCAAGAGUUGAAAGCUGAUUUAAAACGUGGAUUGCGAGGUCUCCCGAAGCCUAAAAAUGAUUUCGAGAUUGUUGUCCCAGAGGGUGAGGAACAAAUUGACACAUCUGACCCUCAGGGUGGAAUUGUACCUGACCAAGCAGAUGUUGAUGCUGAGAAGGAUGCAGUUGCGGCAGCUAAGCGAAAGCUGGAGAUGCGACUGCGGUCACAGCCAGUGCAACGAGAUCUCCCAAGACCGUCAGAAAUGAACCAUACUGUACUGCGGCCUAUAGAUGCCCGCGAUCCACCUCUCACUGAUCUACAAAAGGCUGAGGAGCUUGUAAAGAGAGAGAUGGUCACAAUGAUGCACUAUGAUGCUCUCUUGACCCCCACCCCUGCACAACAAGGUCUCACCCCUGGGGCUAAGAAAACAGGGGCUGUGAACAGAGCCAAUCAUGCAGGCUACUUAGAGAAGUACCCCUAUGAACAGGUCUCAGAGGAAGAAAUAGAACAGGCAAAGAUGUUGCUGUAUGAUGAAAUGAGUCAUGUCAAACAAAAGAUGGCGCAUGGUGAUCUCUCUAUUGAGUCCUACAGUCAGGUCUGGGAUGAAUGUUACUCACAGGUUCUCUAUCUACCAGGACAGAACAGAUACACGAGGGCUAACUUGGCCAGUAAAAAAGACAGAAUUGAAUCAUUAGAAAAAAAAUUAGAGUUGAAUCGAGGUAAUAUGACAAAAGAUGCAAAAAAGGCUGCAAAGAUGGAGAAAAAAUUGAAGAUAUUAUUGGGAGGUUAUCAGUCUCGUAACCAGGCACUGAUUAAGAUGUUAGCUGAAUGUAAUGACCAACUAGAGCAAGCCCGAGUUGAGAAGGCGACAUUUGAGAGUCUACAACAGCAUGAAGUUGGAGCCAUUCCCAAACGCAUGGAGUCUCUUUCUGAAGAUGUAAAAAGACAGGAAGAAAGAGAGAAGGAAUUACAAAAACGAUUUGCUGACUUACAACAUGAUAAAGACAGAUUAGAGAAUGGACUCUACUGACACUAGUGACAUUGUUAACACAAUUCUUGGAAUAACAUGUGCAUUAGGGAAUGUGACCUAGUUCUCUGAUGUGGUCAAUUAACUAGAAAUGACGAAGUAAUUACAAGUUUGUGAAAAUGGAUUCAAUCAAUUUUACUUGACUUGACUGUUAUUUAUCAAAUUGUGUCCUCCUUCGACUUUAGUAAGUCAUGUUAAAGAUAAAUUGACUGCUCAUAAGUAAGUCAUAAUUCCUAGCUUGAGUAAACCUGACACAUUUGAAUUGAGUCCAUUUUAGACAUGGAGAUAAAACUACAAUUACUUCACAUAAUAGUUUUCAGCAUAUGUCCAUAAAUAUAAAAUAUCCAGAAAAUUGAAUAUUGUGUCGUCUCUGUGAAGUAGGGUCUACUAGUAUUUGGAAAAUAUUUUUCUUAUUGGCUAGCACUGGUUGCAUCCAAUAUGAAGGCAUUAGUUUCACAAAUAUUUGGUAUAAGUUACUAAGUGUGUAAGCACAUAUUUGUAGAAUUAUUGGCACUAGUUGAAUGAAUGGUUUGUACUAGUUGAAUGAAUGGUUAGUACUAG